GAGUUCGACUCUCAACGAAAGCAUUUUGAUUAUUCUUUUUGGAUUCUUUUGUUUUUUGUUCUUGUUGUGAUCGGCUGGCUGCCACAUCUUCUUCAUCUGAUUGAGCUCAACUGCUUGAGCAUCCAUGGCCAUGGCGGCUGAUGGUGAUCACUGCCGCCUCCCCGACGACUCCCUCUUCCUCGGCUUCGAUUGCUCCACGCAGUCGCUGAAAGCCACGGUGCUGGACGCCGGCCUCACCGCCGUCGCCCACGACGCCGUCCACUUCGACUCCGACCUGCCGCACUACGCCACCCAUGGCGGCGUCCUCCGGGACCCAUCCGGCGGCGACCCGGGCCGCGUCGUGUCGCCGCCGCUCAUGUGGGCCGAGGCGCUGGACCUGCUGCUCGCCAGGCUCGCGCCCAGGGUGGACUACGCCCGCGUCGCCGCCGUCUCCGGCGGCGCGCAGCAGCACGGCAGCGUCUACUGGAAGCGCGGCGCGGCGGCGGUGCUCGCGUCCCUCGACCCGGCCAGGGGCCUGGCACCGCAGCUCGCCGCGGCGCUCGCCACGACGGAGUCGCCGGUGUGGAUGGACAGCAGCACGGCGGCGCAGUGCCGGGAGGUGGAGGCGGCGGUCGGCGGCGCGCUGGAGCUGGCCAGGAUGACCGGGUGCCGCGCGCACGAGCGGUGCACAGGCCCGCAGAUCAGGAAGAUGUACCAGGCGAGGCGGCGCGUGUACGACGACACCGAGAGGAUCUCGCUCGUGAGCUCGUUCAUGGCGUCGCUGCUCGUCGGCGGCUACGCCUGCAUCGACGAGACCGACGGCGCGGGGAUGAACUUGAUGGACAUCACCACGCGCGAGUUGCGCAGGGACGCCCUUGAGGCUACUGCUCCUGAUUUAGAAGACAAGAUUGGGAAGCUAGCACCGGCGCAUGCUGUUGCAGGAACUUUAUCUCCUUAUUUCGUUCAGAGAUUUCAGUUUUCAAGCAACUGUCUAGUUGUUCAGUGGUCAGGGGACAACCCCAACAGCCUUGCAGGUUUAACUUUGAGCGAUCCUGGUGAUCUAGCAAUCAGUCUUGGGACAAGUGAUACAGUUUUUGGGAUAACUGAUUUACCUGAACCAUCCCUGGAUGGGAACAUCCUCCCUAACCCAGUGGACCCCAAGACAUAUAUGGUUAUGCUUUGCUACAAAAAUGGCUCUCUAACACGGGAAGAUGUCCGCAAUCGUUAUGCUGACGGGUCAUGGGAUGUGUUCAACAAGCAUUUGGAGAAUACAGCUCCUUUAAAUGGAAGAAAAUUGGGAUAUUACUACAAUGAGCCUGAGAUUCUGCCACCACUUCCAGUUGGGUUUCACCGUUACGUUGUCAGCUCCUCAGCCAGUGGAUCUUUAGAUGAGAUGGUGGAGCAUCAGAUAAACCAGUUUGAUCCUCCUUCAGAAGUCCGUGCAAUAAUAGAAGGGCAGUUCCUGUCCAUGAGGGGCCAUGCUGAAAGGUGUGGUCUGCCAGUGCCUCCAAAGCGGAUUAUAGCGACCGGUGGAGCAUCGUCGAACCAGAUCAUUCUCAAGACGAUGGCAUCCAUUUUUGGCUGCUCGGUUUACACCGUCCAAAGACCAGACUCUGCCUCACUGGGUGCUGCUCUUAGAGCAGCCCAUGGGUGGAUUUGCAACCAGAAAGGCAAGUUUGUGCCUGUUUCAUGUCUGCACUCGGACAGACUGAAUAGAACAUCACUAAGCAUUAAGCUGGCUGCUCCAUUUGGAGACUCGGAGGAGGACAUUGACCUUCUGAACAACUACACGUUGUUGAUGAAGAAAAGGCUGGAGAUUGAACAGAAGCUUGUCGAGAAGUUUGGUCGACAUUCAUGAAGCAUUUGUGUAUUUGUGCUAGAACUUAAUGCGGCGGUCCCAAAGUCUCAACAGUGGACUGUUCUCCAGCAGAGUAGUUCGGCAUUUCUCCGAUUAUUGUCGCCUUAUAAACAAAACAAAUAGAAAACAAUGGGCUACUGUAAACAGAGAUUGAAUCAAAAGUAAAGUAGUUGUACAAUAUAGAUACCAGGUUACAGUUGUCAUGAAAAUUAUGAGUUAGGUCAGCAGUCACAUUUUGUGAAGUGUUUUUAUUCAAUAUCCAAUGGAUCGUCAAAUUCAGACCAAAUUCUGAAUCAGAUGUUGCCUCUCUUACUCUUUUUGGAAAUGCUGUCCUUGUACUUCCCCAUUCCAGUGGAGAACCAUACUUAGCACUGUCCUGAACAAUAUCACCUUUGUCGAUAUGUAGUCUGACUAUGGGUUGAAAACUUGAAA